AUGGAAAAUAUUUUUAUACCUCUAACUACCGUAAUGAAAUCAACGCCUUUGCAUCCUCCGCCCCAAAGUUUGACACAUGACCCUGUUUAUUCACACGAAGACAGAAACGGAGAAAGAAAUCACAAAAAAGGCGAUCCAUCAGCUAAAGAAAAUUUUCGACCUAUAAGUAUUUUGCCUGUGGUCUCUAAAAUAUUUGAAAAGCUUCUAUAUAAACAACUUAUGGGUUUUUUCUGUGAUAAACUAUCUCCGUAUUUAUGUGGUUUCCGAAAGGGCUUUAGUACUCAACAAUCUCUCUUGCGUAUGUUCUCGAAAGUGCGAGGAGCAUUAGAUGCCAAACAAAAAGUUGGAGCUAUCUUUAUGGAUCUAUCAAAAGCCUUUGACUCGAAGUUAUAUGCCUAUGGUUUAAGUUUUUCGGCUUUAAAACUUGUGGCUAGCUAUCUGAAAAAUAGGAAGCAACGAAACUCUGAGGAAAAUAUUUUGUACGAGCUUGAAAAUGAGAUGAGAACUGUCUCAACAUGGUUUAGGUUAAACUGCUUACAACUGAAUGAAAGGAAGUGUCAUUUUAUGUUUUUCGGUAGCAACACACAAUGUUUUCUACAAGUUAAUAUCAAUGGAACAGCUGUGCAAUGCUCUUCGGAGGAAAAACUUCUUGGUAUUACAAUAGAUAAUAUGUUGACUUUUAGCAAACACGUUAAAGAUUUGUGCAAGAAAGCAAGCAAUAAAUUAAAUGCUCUUGUUAGAUUAUCACCGUAUAUGGAUCAACAAAAAUUAUAUCUCAUAUUAAAUUCUUUUAUUUUAUCUCAGUUUGGGUACUGUCCUUUACUUUGGAUGUUUUGUAACCGUACUACUAACAAUUCCAUCAAUAGAAUCCAUAGUAGAGCCCUUCGUGUAAUAACUAAUGAUUAUAGCUCUUCAUUUCAAGACCUAUUGGAUAAAACUGGAACUGUUAGUGUACAUCACCGUAAUUUGAUUAUUUUAUUAAAGGAAUUAUAUAAAGUCAAAAAUAAUACCAAUCCUGAUAUUAUGUCCGAAGUAUUUAUUCUUAACAAAAAUAGGUAUUCGAAUCGUAUUAAUUCAGAGUUUUUUCGAGGUAGAGCACAAACUGUAAAAUAUGGCUUGGAAACUGUAACCUUCAGAGGACCGCAGCUAUGGGCAACUCUACCAAAAUCUAUUCAAGAAGCGCCAUGCAUUUCAACGUUUUUACAUGAAGUCGAUUUUAAUUAG